AUGAACAGGCUGCCGCCGUCGUCGGGUAUGCUCCCAAUGCCCGGCUCGACAUCGGCCAGCUGGGCCGUCUACCGGUCCCGGCUCGUGUCGGUAUUCCGCGGCAUCGAUUCCUCCGUCUUGAUUGCUUUCUGGCUUUUUGGCCUCAUCAACAAUGUCCUCUACGUCAUCGUCCUCUCGGCGGCCCAAGAUCUCGUCGGCACCAACGUCCCAAAGGGCGUCGUGCUCCUCGCCGACGUCCUCCCCUCGUUCCUGACGAAGCUCGUCGCGCCGUACUUCAUCCACCGGAUACCAUACUACGCCCGGAUCCUCAUCUUCGUCGCGCUCUCGUCCUCGGGCAUGCUGCUGGUCGCCCUGACGCCGGCCGAGAGGGGCGUGGGCGCGCGGCUGGCCGGCGUAGUGCUGGCCAGCCUCAGCAGCGGCGGCGGCGAGCUCUCCUUCCUCGGCCUGACGCACUACUACGGCCCCAUGAGCCUGGCGGCCUGGGGCAGCGGCACCGGCGGCGCCGGGCUGGUCGGUGCCGGCUUGUACGUCGCCAUGACGGAGUGGUUCGGCCUGACGGUCAAGACGAGCCUGCUGGCCUCGGCGCUGCUGCCGGGCGUCAUGGUCGUGAGCUUCUUUGUGAUACUGCCGCACGCGCCUCUGAGGGAGGGCGAGGGCGCGCGCGUCAAGGCCUACAGUGCGCUGCCGGACGGGGACCUCGAGGACGAGGACGUCGAGGGUGUUCCUGCGGGAGAUGCCUCGACGAGUCUACUGCGCCCCGGGCCGCCGAGCGUUGUCGCGACGGCGCUGCACGCGGUCGAUGCCGAGAGUGGGGGUCACCCCGGUGGUGGUGGUGGUGGUGGUGGUGCCGUCGCAGCAGCUCUCGCGGCCGGGCCGAGGCCUACUCUUGCUCAGAACCUACACCGGGCCAAGCAGUUGUUCCUGCCGUACAUGCUGCCGCUGCUCCUCGUCUACGUGGCCGAGUACACGAUCAACCAGGGCGUGGCGCCGACGCUGCUCUUCCCCCUGGAGCAGUCGCCGUUCUCCGAGUUCCGGUCCUUCUACCCCUUCUACGGGUUCCUGUACCAGCUGGGCGUCUUCGUCUCGCGCUCCUCGACGCCCUUCUUCCGCAUCCACAACCUCUACCUGCCGUCGCUGCUGCAGGUGGCCAACCUGGUGCUGCUGACCCUGCACGCCAUGCUCGACUUCAUCCCGUCCGUCUACCUGGUGUUCGCCGUCGUCUUUUGGGAGGGCCUGCUGGGCGGCGCCGUCUACGUCAACACGUUUGCCGAGAUCAUGGAGCAGGUGCCCGCCGCCGACCGCGAGUUCAGUCUGGGUGCCACCUCCGUCAGCGACAGCGGCGGGAUAUGCCUGGCCAGCCUGAUCGGCAUGGUCUUGGAGGUGUCGCUGUGUGACUAUCAGGUCAGGAAUGGGAGGGAUUGGUGCAGGCGGAUUGAGGCGAGUUGA